AGAUAAUUGAAUCAAAACUUCAGGUUUAAUUAAAAAUUCGAUUUUUAUCAUUUUUGAAGGUUAAAAAACAGAUUCAUGCAUGACGGUUGGACAUUUCAGCUAAUAGCUACUCAAAGUGUCUUUCAAAAUAUAACCAUAAUUUACAUAACCAUCCUCGUUUUAUAAAGCCCCGAAUAUUUCUCAGUCUAACAACCUAGAACGCACAGCUGUUUUAAUAAGAAUUAUCUUCACUGCAAAGGAGAUCAAGGAGUCCUGAAAUUAAGUACAGUUGCUACUUUAUGUAUUUUUCUCUUUUUCAACUAAACCCCGCCUGUCGAGUAAAUGUCAUAAAAACCCUGAGUUCACGUUUGUGCGCCGUUUAUUUAUUUUAUUAAAGUGCAGCACAUAUUCGCUGUAUUGUUUUGCCCAUAUCACUUCCUUGUUUUUUUUAUACUUUCACAGAUGGACGCUUGCAGUGGAGCAGAGUUGAAUCCAAACUGAGGAUCAUGAACCAGGGUGAGGACAGUGAAAAUGGAAUCCCUGUCACAGAGUCCACUACUUUGUGCCAGGGACAUGGGAGCCAGCCCGAAGUCCAAAGGAAUCAUCUAAAAGAACAGUCAUCUCUAUGUGGACCAAAACCUCUACCCAGCAGUGUUUCCUGUAAAAGUAACCAAUCCAUGGAGCUGCCAUUAUGUUUUGCCAAAAACAAGCCAACCUCCUCUGAUUCUGGAAUAGAAUGCGAGCCCAGCUGCAUGUCAUUAAAAAGUAACCAGUCCAUGGAGCCACCAUUAUGUUUUGCCAAAAAUAAGGUUAAUGAAGAGUGUUUGGUUGAUCCUAGUGGCCAGCCCUGCCAGCAGCUUCAGGCAAAGCUGGACUCUGUGUUUGCGCUGCUGGAGAACAACAUGUUCACGUUUGUGAAAAGUGAGCUGAGGAAGAUGCAGAAAGUCCUGAUGUCAGACUCCCCAGACUGCUCAGAGGUCGGGGUAGAGGUGAAAGCUGAAGAUGCAAUGGAUGAUGAACUUGGGAGGAGCAACAGAGAAGCAGUCCUGAAGCUGACACUGAACUUCCUGAGGAUGAUGAACAAGGAGGAUCUGGCUGACUGUCUUCAGAGCGGAUCCCGUGCUCCACUUUGUCAGAGCAAACUGAAAUCAAACCUUAAGAGAAAGUACCAGUGUGUGUUUGAGGGCAUCACUAAAGCAGGAAAGCCAACUCUCCUUAAUCAAAUCUACACAGACCUCUUCAUCACAGAGGGAGAUGCUGGAGAGAUUAAUGAAGAACAUGAAGUAAGACAUAUUGAAUCAGCAUCCAGGAAGCUGGGCAAAGAAGAAAGGACCAUCAGAGAAGAAGACAUCUUCAAAGUGUCACCUGGGAGAGACAGAAUCCGGACAAUGUUGACAAAGGGCGUAGCUGGCAUUGGGAAGACAGUUUUGACACAAAAGUACACUCUAGACUGGGCCGAAGGCAAAACCAAUACAGAUAUCCAGUUUAUACUUCCAUUCACUUUCCGAGAGUUGAAUUUGCUAAAGGGCAAACAGCUCAGCCUGGUACAGCUCAUUCACCACUUCUUCACAGAAACCAAAGAAGCUGGAAUAUCGAGGUUUGAAGAAUUCCAAACAGUGUUAAUUUUUGAUGGCCUGGAUGAGUGUCGUUUCCCACUGGACUUCCGCAACACUGAGCUGGUGUCUGACCCUUCAGUGUCUGCCUCUGUAGAAGUGCUGCUGACAAAUCUCAUUAGAGGGAAGCUGCUUCCCACUGCACGCCUCUGGAUAACCACACGACCUGCGGCAGCCAAUCAAAUCCUGGACCAAUUCAUUGACAUGGUGACAGAGGUUCGGGGGUUCACAGACCCACAAAAGGAGAAGUACUUCAAAAAUAGGUUCCAAGAUACAGACAAAGCCAACAAGAUCAUUUCCCACAUCAAGGCAUCACGGAGCCUUCACAUCAUGUGUCACAUACCGGUGUUCUGCUGGAUCACUGGAACAGUUCUGGAGAAUAUGUUGAAAACUAAACACAAAGGAGACCUGCCCAAGACCCUGACUGAAAUGUACAUACACUUCCUAGUGGUUCAGUCCAAGUUGAAGGUAGUCAAGUACGAUGAAGGGUCUCCAACAGACCCACACUGGAGUCCUGAGAGCAUGGAAAUGAUUAAGAGUCUUGGGAAACUGGCAUUUGAGCAGCUAAAGAAAGGAAACCUGAUUUUUUAUGAUUCUGACCUGAGAGACUGUGACAUCGACAUCACUGCAGCAUCAGUCUACUCUGGAGUGUUCACGCAGAUCUUCAAAGAGGAGCAGGGCCUGUACCUGGACAAGGUUUUCUGUUUUGUCCAUUUGAGUGUUCAGGAGUUCCUGGCAGCUCUUUAUGUCCACCUGACUUUCAUCAACUUAGGACUCAAUCUGAUAACACAGGAGAAGUCAAACCUUCCACUGUCUGCCUUGGCAAAGAAACAGUUCUACCACAGUGCCAUUGAGGAGGCCCUACGGAGCCACAACGGACACCUGGACCUGUUCCUCCGUUUCCUUUUAGGUUUUUCCCUGAAGAUCAAUCAGAGUCUUCUUCAUGGUCUGCUGACAAACACUGGAAUUUAUUUAUCAACUAGUCAGGAAACCAUCAACUACAUCAAGAAGAAGAUCGAAGAGACUACCUCAGCAGAGACGAGCAUCAACCUGUUCCACUGCCUGAAUGAAGUGAAUGAUCGCUCUCUUGUGGAGGAGAUCCAGCAGUACAUGGAAUCAGGAAGUCUUAAGGAGGGUAAACUGUCUCCUGGACAGUGGUCAGCUUUGGCCUUUAUCCUGCUGUCAUCUGCCGAGGACCUGAAUGUGUUUGAACUGAAAAAAUACUGGGCUUCAGAGGCGGCUCUUCCCAGGCUCCUGCCCGUGGUCAAAGUCUCCACCAAAGCUCUACUGAACGACUCCAAUCUCUCAGAGAGAAGUUGCAAGGCCUUGUCAGACAUCUUCAGCUUUAAAUCCUCAGCUUUGAAAUACCUGGACUUGAGCAACAACAACCUGCAGGACUCAGGAAUGAAGCUUUUGUCGGUUGGACUGCAGAGUCCACACUGUGUCCUGGAAACGCUCAGACUGAGUGGCUGCAACCUAUCAGAGAGAAGCUGUGAGGAUCUGGCCUUAGUCCUCAGCUCCGAGUCGUGUAGUCUGCGAGACCUGGACCUGAGUCACAACAACAUCCAGGACUCGGGGCUGAAGCUGCUGUCUGUUGGACUGCAGAGUCCACACUGUGUACUGGAAACUCUCAGGGUGGAACCUGAAGGAGUGCGAUGGCUGAGACAAGGUCUGAAGAAAUAUUUCCUGGUAAACACCUUUGACCCAGACACCGUCCACCCAAACAUCAGUGUAUCGAAGGAUGGCAGGACUGUGACAUACGUUGAGGACCCACAACCGUACCCUGAUCUUCCUGAGAGAUUUGACCAGCGUACUCAGCUGCUGUGUGCCAACCCACUGGCCGGUCGCUGUUACUGGGAGGUAGACUGGGACGGCAUAGUCUGCAUUGCACUGUCUUACAAAGGAGUGGGCCGCAAGGGAGACGAGGAAGACUGCUGGUUCGGACGAAACCCUCAGUCAUGGGCGCUUUACUGCUGCAACUUAGAUUAUUUCUCCUUCUCACACAAAACAAAAGACAUCUGCGCCCAAGGAAAGUACUUGGCUUACCAUGACAACAACCUGACGACCAGCUCCAUCACCUCCUCAUUCAGCUGUCCAAACAAAGGUGCCGUGUAUGUGGACUGUCCCGGUGGCACCGUGUCUUUCUUUGUUGUCUCCUCUGACACACUGAUCCACCUGCACACCUUCAACACCACUUUCACUGAACCUCUUUAUGCUGGGUUUGGGUUCUGGAGGUGGAUUAACAACUCAAUCUCUUUGACCUCAUCCUGAUUUUAGGCCUCUACACAUCCAUAACAGUGUGACAUGUAAGAGCAAAGAAACUGUAGUUUGUUUUACAAAUACAAAUAUAACAUACAAGUGCAAUUAGAUCUGUGAAAACCAGUAAAAAAACAACAAUGAAGGUUCUUAUACUCCUGUCAGAUACAAAAACAACUAUUGUUGUCAGACAGCAGCAUAUGUUUAGUCCAGCAGAUUUCUAGCUGGUGAGAAACCACAACAACAGAGCAUAAGUUUAUGUCUUAACCCUUGUAAAGUCCUUCGGGUCUAAGUGACCCCUGGGUCACCUAGACCCAAUAUGUCUUUGUGUCUGUGUGUGUGUGCAUGUUCCUGUAC